AUGAUCCAACAGCUCUUGACCGCGGUACUGGCCUCCGUCUCGCGGCUGACGUUUAGUACGUCGCCGGCGGAUAACUUGCGCAAAUUGCGCGAGUACCGCAUGACACGAGGUGAGCGGUUCAAGUACGGCGCGAUGUUUGUGAUUGCGCUUUUUUCGGUGAUCGUCAUUCGCGAGCCGCCCUUUCCUUAUAAACUCCUGCCGCCCAUUCUCUAUACGCUGGCGCUGCUCUUCCCCAUCUCAUCGCAGUUCAUCCUUCCAGCAUCACCCAUCCUUUUGUGGCUUCUUCUUUUCUAUUCGUGCCGCUUUAUCCCCGCCAGCACGCGCCCGCACAUUUGGGUCUCGGUCCUCCCGACGCUCGAGACGAUCUGGUACGGCGCAAAUAUCUCGGACAUCCUCACGCGCUUUGGACACCCCGCACUUGAUAUCCUCGCGUGGAUCCCGUACGGUGUCGUGCACUUUGCAGCGCCUUUUGUCGUCGCCGCCUUCAUCUUUGUCUACGCCCCGGUCGGCAGUGUCAAGGUGUUUGGCAACGCGUUCGGCUUUACGAACCUGAUCGGUGUGCUAAUUCAGAUCGCAUUCCCGUGUGCGCCGCCCUGGUACGAGCUGCGCGAGGGUCUUACGCCGGCCAACUACGGCAUGCGCGGAUCGCCGGCUGGUCUGGCACGCAUCGACGCUUUGUUCAAAGGACACGGGUACACGCUCACGUUCACCGGCGCCCCGGUCGUCUUUGGCGCAUUCCCGUCGCUGCACGCGGCAUGCGCGACGUGCGAGUCGCUCUUCCUUUCGUACUUUUUCCCCGGCCAGGUCCGCAUCGGCCGCUUUGCGAUCGACAAGCGCGUCUUUUACUGGGGCUACAGCUUCUGGCUGUACUGGUGCACCAUGUACCUGAUGCACCACUACCUCAUCGACCUGGUCGCGGGCGGCUGCCUUGCGACCGUGUGCUUCUACGUAUUCCGCACUGAGGAAGUGCGCGACGCGAUGGAACAGCGUGUCGCCGUCAUGGAGCGCACCGAAUCCAGUAACCCCGACACGGUGGCGAUGGGCACGCUCCAAAAUGAUACGUGGAAGUCGGUAUCGGGCGCCGAGGCGCCUCACGCAAGCCACGACGAGGAGAGCGGCGCGCGGCCGGCCAUCUUUACACUCGACGAAAGCGAAGAGACCGCGUCGCGUGCCCCCAGCCGCUCUCGCACGCCACACCUCCUCCACGCCGACGUUGCUGCGUCCAAUACUUCGCGCGCUGCCGCGGGCCAAGCCAUUGCACGGCCCGCCAGCAGCACGUCGAAUCGCAUCGAGUCGGCGCCGUAG